GGAGGCAGUCUGUCUCUCGCUUAUAACGAAAGUGAUGUCAAGGUGGUGCAAUGAAAGAAUAGAAGCACUGCUGGAUUCAACUUUCUCAAUAGUCAGAGGAAAUUGGAAGUUUCCCGAUGAAAAGAAGUUAGUAAACCUGCUGGUUUAGCGCGGUUCACCGUGGGAUUAUUGUUCUUUUACCACAUAAAAAAACGACUGACGUCAGGAAUUAAGUGGUUUCUACGAUGAAAGUGGGAAUCUUAUAUUUGCUGUUAUGUGUCACAUUAUCGUCAGCCUGUUUGCGGCAAGAAAUGCAUGAACACUGCAUGAUGGCGUGUGACACUGUGACAGAAAUACUGUCAGAUUUCUGGAAUAUCAGGAAACACAUACAAAUGGAUUUAAAAUGCGAUCCGAAAUGGACAGCCCACCAUGCAGCAGGUCUCCAGGCUGACCUGGAAAACAAACUGUUUGGACAGCACAUUGCCUCACGCAUCAUCCUGAAAGCUGUGAAUGAAUUCAUGAGAAACGACAACCCACAGAAGCCUCUGGUGCUGUCUCUGCACGGACCAACUGGCACAGGGAAGACCCAUGUUAGUAACCUGAUUGCUGAAAGCAUUUACAAGAAGGACAGAAGCUUUGUUCAUAUUUUCCAUUCUGAUUAUCACUUCCCACAUAAAAGCAAAAUUGAGACCUGCAAGUCUCAGUUACAGCAGUGGAUCAAAUGCAAUCUCGCCAACUGUGCACGCUCCAUAUUUAUCUUUGAUGAGAUGGACAAGAUGCAUCCUGAAUUGAUUAAAAGCAUAAAGCCGUUCCUGGGGAACAACAAUCCCUAUGGAGGUUCCUUUUUUCAGAAAGCAAUCUACAUCUUCAUAAGCAAUACUGGCGGGCAGACCAUCACACAGACAGCUUUAGACUUCUGGAAAGCAGGAGAUCGAGAAAAGAUUGAACUCAGAGACCUGGAAACAUCGAUCCCUGUCUCAGCAUUUAACAACAAUGGUGGCUUGUGGUAUUCACAUUUGAUUGUUGAGAACCCGGUGGACUUUUUCAUCCCGUUUCUGCCUCUGGAGUACCGGCACGUUGUCCAGUGUGCCAUAUCCGAGAUGAGAGACAGAGGAUUUAAGCCAGACCAAAAUGAGGCAGAGAAGAUGGCCAAAGAUUUUGUUUAUUUCCCCGAAACUGAGAGAGUUUUCUCUGUCAAAGGCUGCAAGACGGUACAGAGCAAAUUGGACUACUACAUAAAAUAA